ACACAUUUUGUCCACCGAGAGAGAGAGAGAGAGGCAUGGCUUCCGAUCUAAACAGAAGAAGAUCGUUCUCUCUUCUAGUCUUGAUUAUUGUGAUGCUUUAUGGGCAUAAAGCUGAUUCAAAAUGUGAUUUCGAAGCAAUUUUUAACUUCGGAGACUCGAAUUCGGACACUGGCGGAUUUUGGGCUGCUUUUCCGGCUCAAUCCGGUCCAUGGGGAAUGACUUAUUUCAAGAAACCGGCCGGUCGUGCUUCAGACGGUCGUCUCAUCAUUGAUUUUCUAGCUAAAUCUCUUGGAAUGCCUUUCCUAAGCCCAUAUUUGCAAUCUAUUGGAUCGGAUUUCCGCCACGGAGCAAAUUUUGCAACGUUGGCGUCCACGGUUCUCUUGCCAAACACGUCUUUAUUUGUCUCCGGAAUCAGCCCUUUCUCACUCGCUAUUCAGCUGAAUCAGAUUAAACAAUUCAAGGUUAAAGUGGACGAGUCACAUUCUUCAGACCAACCAGGAAUGAAUAUCUUACCGUCUAGUAGUAAUGUUUUUGGAAGAUCGCUAUACACGUUUUAUAUUGGUCAAAACGAUUUCACAUCCAAUUUAGCGAGUAUUGGAGUUGAGAGAGUGAAACAAUAUCUUCCACAAGUAAUAGGCCAAAUUGCUGGAACAAUUAAGGAGAUAUAUGGGAUAGGUGGUCGGACAUUUUUGGUAUUGAAUUUAGCACCGGUUGGAUGUUACCCGGCGAUUUUAACCGGUUACACUCAUACCGUUUCGGAUUUAGACAAAUUUGGAUGUCUCAUUCCUGUAAACAAAGCUGUCAAAUAUUACAACACGUUACUGAAAAAAACGUUAUCCGAAACCAGAACCGAACUAAGAAACGCUACCGUAAUUUACUUAGACACUCACAAGAUAUUGCUCGACCUCUUUCAACACCCCAAAUCCUACGGUAUGAAACACGGUAUUAAAGCUUGUUGUGGAUAUGGUGGACGUCCAUACAAUUUCGAUCAGAAGUUAUUUUGUGGUAACACCAAAGUGAUUGGAAAUUUUUCUGCGACGGCCAAAGCUUGCCGUGAUCCACACAAUUACGUGAGCUGGGAUGGAAUUCAUGCGACGGAGGCCGCAAACCACCACAUUUCCACGGCCAUUCUCGACGGUUCGAUAUCAUAUCCUCCGUUCAUACUCAAUAACCUAUGUCCGCCUUAAUUCUGAUAUAAUCAUGUACAUUAGGUGUUUAAUUGUUUAAAUAUGAGUAUUUAAACUAUUCACCAACUAAGCAUAUUGUGACAAACAAAAUUAUAUACAGAUAAUAUAUGUAUAUGUUUAAA